GUACUGAUAUCAGCUGCAGUUACCACAAAGAAUGGAAAAACAAUCGUGUCAAGACAAUUCGUUGAGAUGACGAAAGCCAGGAUAGAAGGUCUUCUUGCUGCUUUUCCAAAGCUAAUGAGCACUGGGAAGCAACAUACCUUCGUUGAGACAGAUUCUGUUAGAUAUGUCUACCAGCCUUUGGAAAAAUUGUAUAUGCUGUUGAUAACGACCAAGGCCAUUGCUUUAGGAUACCGCGAAAGUGUCAACCUCGCACAAAUCAGAACUUUUGUGGAGAUGGAUUCUCACGAAGAACGUGUGUUCCAAGCUGUGAGAUUCACACAGGAACGCGAGGCUAAGAACAAGAUGCGAGAGAAAGCCAAGGAGCUACAGAGACAGCGGAUGGAGGCCAACAAAAAAGGAGGAGCCAAAAGUCCUAAUUUCGGAAGUGGUUAUGGCAAUAGCAGUAGUAAUUUCACACCUACUGCUAAUGUUGUUGGUGAUUCUGCGAAUUAUGUGCCUGAACCUGUUAAGCCGAGUUAUAUGCCAUCAAAACCUUCUGCUGGAAGUGGUGCCAUGAAAUUGGGAGGUAAAGUCCGUGACGUUGAUUCAUUUGUCGAUCAAUUGAAGGAAGAAGGUGAAACAGUUGCGUCGAAUGUCAAAGUAGACACCAAGAUAGCUCCAAUUAUUCCUCAAGCAGCUAACACAGAGCUAGUACAUUUAAGACAAGAAGAAAAGUUGAACGUACGCGUUGGUCGCGAUGGAGGAGUCCAACACUUUGAAUUGCACGGUUUGGUGACUUUGCAUAUUAAAGACGAAAAAUGGGGUCGCAUUCGCGUGCAAUUAGAGAAUGAAGAUUCGCGAGGCAUCCAGCUGCAGACACAUCCGAAUGUUGAUAAAGAUUUGUUCAGAACUCACGGACAAAUAGGUCUUAAAAUUCCUACUAAACCAUUCCCGCUAAAUACUGAUGUAGGAGUUUUGAAAUGGAGAUUACAGUCUCAUGAUGAAACAGCCUUGCCUAUUUCUAUCAACUGUUGGCCUUCGGAAAAUGGUGAGAAUGGAUGCGACGUCAACAUAGAGUAUGAGUUGGAACAAACAGACCUGGAAUUAAACGACGUGCAAAUAAACAUUCCAUUGCCCAUGGGUUGUAGUCCAAUUGUAAAUGAAUGCGAUGGUCAGUACACCCAUGAGGCCAGAAGAAAUACACUUUUAUGGUCAUUGCCGUUAGUUGAUGCUUCUUCGAAAUCUGGAUCUAUGGAAUUUUCAGCGCCGUCCUCAACUCCUUCCGAUUUUUUCCCACUGAAAGUUUCAUUCACAUCUAAAACUUCAUACGCUAAAAUAAAGGUCAUCGAUGUAUUGUUGGUAGAAGAUGAAAGUCCAGUAAAACAUUCAGUGGAUACUGUAUUCUCUACAGAAAAUUACGAAGUCGUGUAA